AUGCACAAGUCCCCCGCCUUUGCCCGUACCGCCAGGACGACGGUUGGCCGCAUGCCCGUCAUCGCAGAAGAUGACUCUCUCCCAUCCGCCACGCCCUCACCGGCACCGGCCUUCCCCCCUUCGCCGCCAUGCCGAAGCACAAAACCGAAACCCUACGGCCGCUCACCCACAGCACGACCUAUCUAUCCGAACCCGUCCUACCCUCCUCCCGCCUACUCCCGCAGCCCGUCUCGGGAGAGUACCAGGAGCACCGUCAGCACACGUAGCCUCCUUAGUAUCCAUAGUAACGGCAGUCUCCCAAACUCGGGUACCUCGACUCCCAGGAGCUCCUACAGGGAGAAGGCUGGCCUUCUACCCACCGCGACACCCACGGGUCCAACCACACCAGAAGAAAACAGAAGGGGUUCGGUGUGGAUGGCCCGCCGGAGGGGCUGGUACCGUCUGGUCAUCUUCGCCGUCCUCGCCAUCGGCCUCGCUGGAGGCUUAUCGAUCGGUCUCACAAUCGGCAUGCGCAAGUCACAACCCACAGCGCCCGCUGACGCCUCAAACUUUACAAACCUCUUCCCCGCGGGCUCCUUCGCCUUCAACACGGCCCUCCUGGAGGCCAACACGGGCUGCACCUCCGACUCCUCGACUUGGCAGUGCUUUCCCUACCAAACCUAUUCGCAGUCCCCCAACGCCUCCACCGCGACUUUCUUCUGGACAAUUAGCCAGCGGAACUCGUACACCUACCAGAUCUCGUCGUCGUCGAACCCCUUUUCCCCGCAGUUCGCAAACGAGACAAUGACCCUGCUCGAGGGCAACUCGUACAACGAACGCCUCGUCUUCAACUUCACUCUCCCCAAGACUGUGGUCCCUUCCGACGCCAUCACGCAAGACGGCCGUGCGGCGACGUGUACGUUCCAGGACACGGCGUUCCGCGCGACGUUGUGGACGAGGCGGAACGCCACAACGACAGUUCCACAGUCAGGGAGCACGAGGACGACGAUGACGGCAAACGCUGACAGCAGCAUCAAGUGGGGGGUGUGGCCCGGCCAGGUGGAAUUUGUACAGGUCAAGAGCGGAGGGCCGGAGUGCAAGGACUCUGCGGGGAACGCGGUCAAGGUCGCGGCCGGGAAUAAGCAGUGCAACUGCCUGUAUGCCAACUUUGACUUUGAAGUACAGGAGAAGCGGAAGAGAUGGCAGGCGUGA